GUCCAGCAUCGCCCCACCAGCAUCGAGUGGGAUGGCUGCGAUCCCCAGAAGCUUUACACGCUGGUUCUCACAGACCCGGAUGCUCCCAGCAGGAAGGACCCGAAGUUCAGGGAAUGGCAUCAUUUCCUGGUGACCAACAUGAAAGGCAACAAUGUGGGGAGUGGGACUGUGCUGUCAGAUUAUGUCGGCUCAGGACCUCCCAAAGGAACAGGGCUGCACCGCUACGUGUGUGGUGACAAACGAGGGAAGUUCAAGGUGGCUUCUUUCCGCAGCAAGUAUGAGCUGGGGGUGCCGGUGGCUGGCACUUGCUACCAGGCAGAGUGGGAUGACUACGUGCCGAAGCUCUAUGAGCAGCUGUCAGGGAAGUAG